AUGAGUCUGUCAAGAGGACAUAUUGAGGAGACUUUGGAGGCAGAUGCCAACUUUAAGUCUGUUACUCCAAUUAUCCAGACUCUUUACAUCGAAGACAAUGUCCCUGCGUGGCUUGUAUCAAGCAUAUUGGAUGAGUUUUUUGACUUUAAAAUAAGCCAAGGAUGCCUUCGAAAGCGUUUCGUGAAGAAGAAUUCCAACAACUCUGGUAUCAAGAAGAGGACACGCACAAAGGACCCAGAGGAAAGAAAAAAACAUGUCAUCCUAAGUAUUCUCAAGUCCAUCCACUCGGUUCGCUUCACGCCUCUGCUACCAUCUCAUCCUCGCCUUCAACGAUACCGGCUUCAAGAGAAAGCACUCUACUCCAUCAGCCAGAUUUUGGAUUCCAUGUUUGUUCGAGAUAAUAAUCAAACAUGGAAAUCCAGCCCCAUUGGCUUCGUUUGUCCAGAUGGAACAGAGCUGUCGCCCGACAAGUGGCGAGCUGUAGAAGCCUACUGCGAUUCCAUGUCGACCAUGCUACGAUGCAACCAGAUAAGAGCAGCUCAGAAAAUACUCAAUGAUCUUAACAACGACUUGGAAAGCUUCGUUGAUCAGAUGGAUCCGUUAUUCUUUGGUAAGAUAUGGAAGCUAGCGAUGCUUCUACAUGGCUUGGACCGGCGGGCUCCUCACCUUCAAGCUGUGUCAACAGUCCUUGGGAGAAUGAGAGAUGAUUCUUAUACCACAUAUGGGCCCGAAAACCCUUUGGCCGAUAUUCUCGACUGCAUCCUUGACGUUGAAGAGACAGAUUUCAGAAUCACAAUUCGAAUCGGGUUUCAAGAGACUCUCAAGACCCUUGAUCACAAAGUGUCAGAUGAGAACAUCAUGAUGCUGAACCUUUGGUCAACCUACGCUCAAUAUUUCUGCAAGCCAUACGUUAAAACUGUCAAGCGCAAGCCGCUGUCUUCCAGCCCAACACGGCAACAACCAAAGUCUUCCAUCAAGGCAGCACGGAAGAGUGCAUCCGAGAGUCCACCUUAUGAGCGUCUAAGGGAGAAUAUUCGAAGCGACAUCUUGUUACUGAAGUUCAAACAAGUUCGGCAGCGUUGCUACAGCCCGGAGAUGAUACCACCUGAGCUAUGGCGGCAGUCUGAUGCUUGCGUGCGAGUCAGACACUACUUUGCUUACGCUACAUUCUGGGUCUGUGGCGAGACAGUUCAAGCACAAGAUACGGCUCGCGAUAUCAUACAGGACACCAGCCUAUUCUGGCUGCUCAUCCUGCCUGGACCAGCAAAGCUAUGGCUUUUACUAUUGCAACACGCAGAAUUUAGCGCCUGCGAGAGAGCUCUUAUGCAAGCCAUUGGCUUGCUGAGAACUGGCGAUAACAUUUGUCGCAUCAGAGCCAUUGGCUUGUGCUUGACACUCUCCUCGUGGAAACGUGAGUGGGGCGAUAUUCGAGGAUCGCAGGAGACAGACGACUUACUUCUUGAGAUACAACGGGAGAUUGAGGGAUCCGACAUGUGCCAGAAUUGCAGGCCAAGUUUGAAGUGCGGAGCUUGCUCUCGAAACCAGUCGAAUUGUCUUGGGUGUCAAUCGACAAGACGGAGAAGGUGCCGCACAUGCAAGCGCGCUGGCCAAAGACGACGAAACACCAUCAAAGCCCGACGAGAACUCGUGGCGUUUUCAAGGAUUGACACCUCUGACCUCGGCAGCUCCAUGAAUGGUGAAUGGCAGCAGUUGGAGGCCAGAACAAAGUAA